AAACGCACUCCGAGCUAAUGUGGAGCGUUGGCUGAGACAGCCACAGACCCACUUUUUCGUGAGACCGCAGCUUUCAACCUUGGUGCUGGUUGAUUUGGACUGCUGCAACGUGCCGCUGGACAAGCUCGUGGCACUCAAACCGAGAGCAUUGACGAAAACCAGUGCUCCCAGUAACUUCCAGUUGUGGCUCACUCUCUCCGACUCCAUGAGGGCUAAGUCCAGUCUGGUUGUGGCACGUGAGCUGACAGCCUCUUUGCAAGGCGACAUGAAUGCCUGCACAAGCUCCCAGCAAGGACGCUUACCGGGCAGUACCAAUGUGAAGCCAGACAAAGGUGACAUAGUGGAGCUCGUGCUGGCCGAAACACAGCACAUGGACGAGGCGACAUACUUGAGCAUGACGCCUACCCCGAAGCUCCGGUUUGACCCUGUGCAGGACAAAGUGGCUGUCGGAAGCCUGCCCGCGGCCAGACCUCCCGUGUCAGACAACUCGGCGAAAGAUUGGGCAAUGUGCCGUGUCUUCCUCGAAACGCGGCCACAUGUGUCACUCGAAGAUGCAAAGAAGGCUUUGUCUGGUCGCUUUCUUGCCAGACGGCCCAACCAGACCUACUACGAGAACCUCACUCUCGAGAAAGCUUGGCAACGCGUCAGGACCGUGCACUCUACGCGGCUUCUGUGUGGCCUUCCAAGGAGCGGACUUGCUUCUCGCGUCUGCUCCGUCUGCAAAACCGACAUGCCGAGAGACAAGUACAGCACCUCGCAGUGGGCCUUGGGCGAAGCUGGUAAGUGUACGUCCUGCACUGCUGCAGCUUCUGUGGCAGCUGCGCGCGGGAAAGACUCCCAGCCGAAGAAAGAAAAGCUCUGCAGUGCCUGCGGUGCUUUACGGGGGUCUGGCAACUUCACCGUCUCGCAGUGGCAACAGCCAGAUAGCACGCGCAAGUGCAAGGACUGCACUUGCGCCAGCCAGGCUACUACCUCCAAAGUCUGCGUCGUCUGUCAGGAAGACAAACCGAAGGAAUGCUUCGCCAAGUCCCAGUGGCAAAAGCCACUGAAAAUCGGCAGCACUUGCAAGGACUGCUGUCGCACGAGGCUGCAGCAGAGCCAGGAUGACUUUGUCAACAACCACACCGGCCAGCAUGGAACGGGUGCCGAAGAGUCACUCUGGGCUCGAGAUGCUGACAAGGCUACGGCCGUGCGCUUCAUCAUGGCGGCUGACGACGACGUGCUCCCGUCAACCGACCUCAAAGCGUACCAGGCUGCGCAAGCUACGAUGGGCCGUGCAGACUGGACUGCGCUGCGUAUGCAGCCCGACAGCAGCGGCAUCUCAGUGCCCGACAAGAUCAACUACCUCUACCAAGCACACCUUGACCUGUGCCACCUCAGAGGACGUGCUGGCAUCGUUUCGGCUCUGAAAUGCGAAGGUCUGAACUGGUGCAAUAUUUCCUUGGACGCUUCCUGGUGCGUCGCAAGGUGCGAGCAGUGUCGCGCCAGAACAACGAGGCAGUGCAUCAGGCCACAGUCACGACACCUACCGACACCAGGACUAGCAGGUCAGGUGGUCGGCGUGGACCUCAAGAGAGUGACCCCGCACGAUACCUCCCCUCGCUGGUGCAUGCUCGUCUGCGUGGACUUUGCCACGCGGCGUGUUUCUGCUUGGUCACUCGAUGAUGGCACCGCAACCGUCGGAAACGUCCAGGGAGUCUUGAUCAGAUAUUUCCAAGACUUCGACCUUCCCAUCUGCGUUCACUCUGACAACGGCUCUCAGUUUACCAGCGUCAUCUCCGAGGCACUCAAGCGGGCGAUUGGCCUUCGCAACCGGACGAUCCCGCCGGGUCAUCCGCAGAGUAACGGCUUGACGGAGUGCAUGAAUCGUGUGCUUGACUAUGCUCACGGAGGGGUCCGGGAGAGAUUGCAGGCAGCAGUGCUUGCAUACAACUCCGCACCUCUGCAGAAGUUCGGGGCGGCGCCUGAAACUCUUUGGCGGGUGAUGCGGCCCUUGGAAAUCUGGAUGGCGUAA